AGUUAGUCAGUUGAGUGAGACCGGUUGACUCGAAUGGACUCCCAUCUCAUUCACUAGGAAUCAUCUUUUCUUGUGACUCACAUCUUCAAAUAAAUUACUAGAAAAGAUUGAAGUUUUUGGUGACUCUCUCAAAAUAGUGUACUUAAAUUAUGAAAAAAUACUAUUACGAAAUUUAAAAAUUGUUUGCUUAUUGUUUAGUCAUUUAGGAAAUUUAGCAUUUUUGUGAUUAUUACAGUAGAUGAGUGAUUGUUUAAGACUUUAGAGAAAACUACUUCGCCGGGAUAUUUUUUUAAAUAUAUAGUGAAGUAAAAAAUAAAACUUUUACAAUAUAAACUCAUCAAAUAAAAUUGCAAGUUAUGAAAUAAUUUUUUUUUCGAAAAUAAAUGCUCAAAGUAACUAGAAGUGAUUUAAAGUGAUUUGAUUUUUUUUUCUGUGGUUAACAAUUUUUGUUUGUCAUUAUUUCUGUUUUUUUUUUUUUGUUUUUCAUCUCUUUCCGUCUGAAAUAUAUUAUUAGUAUAAGUUUACUAUUAUAAGAAAAUAAUUACAAGUGAUAAAUAUUCACGUGUAUUGUUAUGACAAGUGCAAUGCAAACCGUAAUCAAAAAUCCCAGUUGGUGGAGGCGUCGAACUACGUUGGAGAGGGCACUGACUUUGAUUAGUGUUGUGGCCGGGAUCGCGAUAUUGGCAUUAAUAAUCGCUGUCGUGUCUUUAGCAUUAGCAGACAACAGACGUGAAAAUGCCAUAGAAAAAACCACCGCAGAAGCGUUAGAGGGUGGUCCAGGAUUGCAUAAGCAUGAACUUGAGGAUGAGCACAAACAGUCUCCCAACCAUGUUAGUAAUAAGAAUCAAGAAGAUGUUUGCUUAACACCCGGUUGCAUUCACACGGCUUCGCGUGUUCUGGAGGCAAUGGACCCGGAAGUUGAGCCUUGCGAUGACUUCUAUAACUUUGCCUGUGGCACUUUCCUGAAGACCACCAAUAUUCCUGAUGAGAAGGUUUCAGUGAAUACCUUUUCUACCAUCGGUGAUCGCCUUCAGGAGCAAUUGAGGACGUUGGUGAGUGAGGAAUCAUCAGAAAAUGAGGCCAAACCGUUCCGGCUGGCCAAAGAUUUCUUCAAAGCCUGCAUGAACAAAACUCUGAUCGAAGAACGAGGCCUCAAGCCACUGGAAGUCAUUGUGGAUGCUCUAGGUGGGUGGCCUGUUGUUCGUGGUGAUUCUUGGGAUGAGAAAUCUUGGACAUGGGUGGAUGCUGUUAAGAAAUUCCGCAAAUAUGGCUACAGUGUAGACUAUAUUUUGGACUUUUCUGUUGGAAUUGAUCUGAAGAAAUCUACUCAGAGGACUAUUGAUCUGGAUCAAUCAGCUCUGGGAUUAAGUCGCGAGUACUUGAUUAAAGGAUUAGAUGACAAAAUUGUUCAGGCUUACUACAGCUACAUGGUGGACCUGGCUGUGAUUUAUGGCGCAGAAAGAUCACGAGCUGAGAAGGAACUGAAAGAGUCACUGGAAUUUGAAAUUAAAUUAGCUAAUAUAUCAUUGCCGAAUGAGAAGAGACGCAAUGCAACAACACUUUACAAUCCAAUGACUAUUGCGGAAGUUCAGAAGACGUACAAGUAUGUCGAUUGGUUAGAUUAUAUUAAUGCCAUUCUUCCGGAGAGUCUCAAGGUCACGGAGAAGGAGACAAUUAUCAUCAGUGUUCCCACUUUCUUCAAGGAUUUGGAAGAUGUUCUCAAGACAACCCCAAAGAGGACAAUUGCCAAUUAUAUGAUGUGGAGAGUAUCGGCCUUCUCGUCCUUCUUCCUCACAGAAGAAUUGCGGAAGAGACAGCUUGUCUAUAGUACAGCCAUUAGUGGAAAGCAAGAACAGGAACCACGAUGGAAGGAGUGCGUGGAUAUGACGAGUGGCAGGGAAGAUGAUGACGAUGAUAUUGAGACUGGCCUCCCAAUUUCCGUUGGUGCUCUCUAUGUUCGUAAACAUUUCAAGGAAGAUGCCAAACGUACGGCUCUCGAGAUGGUCAAUGGUAUCAGAACGGAAUUCCAGAAAAUACUCACAACUGUACCAUGGAUGGAUGAUAAGACAAGAAAAGCAGCUAUUGCCAAGGCCAAGGCUAUGACAACACAUAUUGGCUAUCCAGAUGAGAUUAUGGAUAAUAGUAAAUUGGAGGAAUACUACAAGGAUUUAAAUAUUGAUCCAGCGAAAUAUUUGGAAUCUGUGCUGGCCAUGAAUGUCUUUGGCACAGAUUAUGCCUUCAAUAAGCUUAGGCAACCUGUUAAUAAAACUGACUGGGUUACUCAUGCCAGACCAGCCAUCGUUAAUGCUUUCUAUUCGUCCAUCGAGAACAGUAUUCAAUUCCCAGCUGGAAUCCUUCAGGGUCAAUUCUUCUCAGCCGAUCGUCCUCGCUACAUGAACUAUGGUGCUAUUGGUUUUGUCAUUGGCCACGAAAUCACCCACGGUUUUGAUGAUCAGGGACGUCAAUUUGAUUUGGAUGGCAAUCUUGUGGAUUGGUGGGAGCCAGAUACAAAGAAGGCAUAUUUGGAGAAGGCAAGCUGCAUCAUUGAUCAGUAUGGCAACUACACUGAACCAUCCACUUCCCUGCAGCUCAAUGGAAUUAAUACCCAAGGAGAAAAUAUUGCUGAUAAUGGUGGAAUUAAGGAAUCCUAUCUUGCCUAUCACAAAUGGGUGGAACAGAAUGGUCCAGAAAUGAGACUUCCCGGAUUAGAUUACAGUCCUGAACAGAUGUUCUGGAUUUCAGCAGCUCAAACAUGGUGCUCAGUCUAUCGUCCAGAAUCAAUGAAGAUGAGAAUAACAACGGGUGUUCACUCUCCUGCUCAGUUCCGUGUCCUUGGACCACUGAGCAAUAUGCAAGAUUUUGCAAAAGACUUCAAUUGCCCAUCUGGAUCUCCAAUGAAUCCCACUCAUAAGUGCGAAGUGUGGUGAACAAAAUUAAAAAAAUGUAUAAUUCAAUAAUGCAGAAAUAAUUAUAAAUUAUUUUUAUUACUGUAUUUCUUUGCUCUGAGAACAAAAAAUGCAUCAAUAUAAUAAUAAUAAUGUACUUAAGGCACGAUGAGUUUGAGAAUUUAAUAAAAUCUUCCAAUGUA